GUAGAUGAACUGCGAAGUGGCGAGAGGGACGUUGAGACAAUGGUACGGAAGAAUAAAGAGCUUCACUCGGAGAUCCGCCAAAUUUUCCUCACCAUCAUUCGAGUAUCAAGGAAUAUGCAGCUUUAUUUUGCCGAGCAGCUGAGAACGGCUCUCACUCAAGAGAGGCCUGAUCACCAAACGAUAAUACGUAUCACCGUCAGCCGUAGUGAGAUCGACUUAUACGACAUUUGCGAGGAGUACAAGCGCAAGUAUCAACGGGCACUUGAGUACGACAUUCAACAAACUUGUAGUGGCGACUACAUGCGCUUGCUCAUCGCACUGCUCUCCGCAUCUAAUAGCAAUAACAUCAUGUAA